UCAUGCAUCUUCAGUAUCCACCAGCGAUUCGAGCUCGCGCCUAUAGGCGCGGUGAAACUCGCGCUGGAAAAUGACGGGUCAAGAGUUCGCGAUGUGCGCGAAAACGUUCGCACACAUAAUCCGAUAGCUAAAGGCGGAUUCCGAAUUUUAGCUUUCUUCUGUUUUCGCUUCCUAUUUUUUCGUCUUUCUCUUCGCGACACUUCUUUCCCGAUGUGCGCGCAUAUGCAUAUUUAUGAUUUCCACUUUCGAGAGCGACGCUCCUUGAUUAAUUAGCGAUUCCUCCUCGAUUAUGCGAGGGGAAAUUACUCAACGCGCCACGUCGAUAAAUCCGUCGCAGCGACACGCGUCAAGGCGUCCCAGCGCGUCCUCAGCCGCGGUAUAUAUAACAAUUUUGUUAGCGGCGUCUUGCUGCAACCUGGCGAGGUCUCAGCAGACCGAAAUCUCGGCCAAGGCCCUCGAGAUCGCACCUGCGCCGGUAAAGCUCGACAAGAACUUGCGGCAAGCGCUGCUGAAGGCUCUGACGGAUCUGGAGACCGAGUCAGCGGAGCAACGCAAAGAUGAGGAUGACAAGUCGCUCGUGGAGAUGUCUUUCAGCGACAUAGUGAAGAAGAACAUCGACGCAAUACAGAAGACUACCUUCUCGUUCGACGAUUUCCCGGGUGACGAGGAGAUACCCAACGAAGAGAAGCUGCAGAACUCGAGUUUCGUCGAUUUGAAAAAGUACGCGGUUUCGUCGAGCUCGCCGGAAAUGACGAUCGAGAAAGCGAGCCACGACGAUGCCAGGAGCUUCCACGUGCACAACGUAGUCGUGCCGGACGAGAAACCGACGUACACGCCGCGAGCCGAGCCUAAAAUGGACUCGGCUGAGCCCAGAAACACGAAGACCUCUGCGAGCUCAUCUUCAGUAAACAAAGUCAUCGAGAGUAUUACACUGAAGCCGAUCAUCCAGGUGUCGGAAAGCCUGACGCAAAGCGCCAGCAACGGGAUCGCGAAUGCCAAUUCAUUGAUCGUGCCGAAACCAACCGCGUCUAGUCCGACGGCUCCUCCUAAGAAUACUACGUCCUUGUCGUCCAAUUCUAACAGAGAGGAAACUCUAACGGAGGAGGUGAAGAUCUUCCAGGCGCCUUUGGUGGCGGCUUUCACGGUACAGCAGGAUGAGCAGGGUGUGCCGAAGAGUGUUGUGCCGAUCUACAGGCAGACAGGCGAUGGCCAGGCUCUGACUCUUCAGGAGCAGCUGGAGUUCAAGCAGAAGCUGCUGGAACAACAGCUAGUAGAGUUGCAGCAACAGCAGAUCCAGCAGACGCAGUUCCUCGUACGGCAACGUCAGCUGUAUGAGCAGCAACUCAUACAGAAGCAGCAGCAACAACAGCUGUACCUUCAAGAGCAGGCGAGGAUCAAGCAGCUGGAGGAGCAGGCAAGAAUCAAGCAGCUGGAAGAGCAGGCGAAAAUCAAGCAACUGGAGGAGCAGAGGCUUUAUCGUCUGCACCAACAUAAUCUGUUCCCGGUGCAGAAGCCGCACAUCUUCGAGCAGACGAAUACGUUGGCUCUUCAUCCACCUACCGCGGAGCCUAAUGUUCACCUACAGCCAAGCGUAACUCUAGAAGUUCCUAAUGCCGUGGCACCGCCGUUGUUCCGCACGCCCAUCUAUCAGGAGCAGCUACAUUUCCAGCUCCGCCAACCGCCGCCUCAACAACAACAACAACAACAACAACAGCAGCAACCGCAACAGCAACAGCACCUGCAGCGGCUACAGCAGAGCUUCGGCUCUUUUUCGAAUGACUUCCAGCUGCCAGUAGCUCCAGCCACUCGAUUCAACCGGCAAGAGGCUUUCAACGCGGUCGGCAACUUCGGCUUCAACGUGGAGAAACAGCCGCCACCGUCCAGGAACACGUUCAACUUCAAUGCGCCGUCUCCGCCGAGGUAUCCCAGCACGUUUGUUUACAAUCCCUACGUGCAAUUCCGGCAAGUCACUCCGUCAAGACCGCAAACGCCCGCCAAGCAGAUCCAGCGUCUGCUCUAUCAGUCGGGAGUGGCCGGAGAGUUGGGCAACGUUCCGGGCUCGGGCGGUCACGAGGACCUCAACAUCGUGUCGAAGGUACUAGCGCUGAACGUGGGUGCGUUACCUAACAAAAACUACCAGCAGUUCAGCACGAGUAACCGCGGCAAGCUGGCGUGAACGUUGGGCGGAUUGGCGUACCGAUGUAAGACUUGGACGAGUCGUGUAAAUUGCUACAGGACGAUAUUAGCAAGGUGAAAUCGGGCUCUCUCUCUCUCUAUUUCUCUAUUCUUCUGUUUCUGUCAUCUCCCUCUCCUCUUGCUUCAUUUGCUCUUUCGUACUUCCCGUCUCGACGUAUUCCUCACUCCGGUAUCGGAGAUAAUAUCUCGCGACCUCAUCAUCGAUAAAAUUGCAACAGCAAAGUUCACAUUGAUAUGCAUCACUGCUUUAAUGAAAUACUGAAAUGUCUUCGUGUGUCCCUAGAUUUAUUGGUAAUUUAUACAAAAUAGCUUUCACUAGAUGAUACAGUUAUGAGGCAAUAGCGAAAUUAACAUACCUUAGCAUCCCAAUACUAAUUAAAGUGAAGAUAACAAUUUAAUCAUUUCUGAGAUCACGCGUCCUCAUUAUAGAUAAAUGAAAUCUGGAAACUAGAAAUUUAUACACAGAAAAGUUUCAUUCUACUGCCAAAAAAAGGGUUAUAUGAUUUAUUUUGUUUUUUUUUUAGUAAUGGUCAUUAUUAAAAAAGAAUAUUUUCUUGAUAAUUAUCUUAACAUAUAUUCUCUAGUAUACACCAACUAACAAUAACAUUACAUCAGUAUUAUAAUUUCUCACUUAACAAUGUAACUAUUAUGUACAAUAUGUAUUACAUCUAUAUUAAUCUUACAUUUAUAUUACUGAAAUUAUAACUUUGUAAUGUUACUGCUAGUUGGUGUUCACUGGAUUAUAGUAAACUUUAGAAAAACUUUUUAUCAUAUAUACAAAACAAGAAUGUUUCUUGUUUACAAGAAUAUUAUAACACUUUCUCGAGGAAAAAGUUGGUUAGGCUCUAUAUAGCAAGUAGAUUGAAAUUUUCUCUCAAUUUAAUAUUCUUGGUUGAAAUGUUGAACUUAAUAAAAUUCAAAAUAUAUUUCGAGGAAAUUUGAUGCUCAUGACGAACUUAUAGAUUUGCUGAUAUGCAAACUUACGAAAUACUUGAACGAAACAUUUUUAUAUUUUAAUAUGUUCGAACACGCGCAGUACGUCACUUCCGUAUGUAUACAUUUCCAAGUCUGGCUUCUCACUUCAAGAUAUUUCAGUAUUAAAUUAGAGCAACUUGUUGCACGUAUAUAUAUACGUAACAGAGGUCGUAAGUUACUCAACAGCCACUGGGUGGGCACUUUUCGUGACGACGUGUCGUGUCUGAUGAUAUCGCGAAUACUUAACGGCGAUCAAUAACUGACGGCUAAGAUCUUAUGGACGUUACGUCUCGCGGAGGUAAGUGAGAGUUCUUUCACAAGCGUGACACGUGUCAAACGCUAUCCAUACGAACAAGUGGGCUUUAUUGGAGACGUGUCGCGCGCGAAUGUCAAACACUAGCAUCAUCCUCCGUUGUCUAUCUCUUCGCAUCGGGAAUACAUUUAGAUACGAUGAUGCGUUUGCGUUGAGAAAGAAAAUAAGAGCUGCAUCCACGGCGGACUAGUUAAGCCACUUACGACAUCACUAGUGCGCACAACGCCGGCAACGGCGAGCGGUUCUUCCGUGGUGGCUUGCACGCCUCCGAAGGAACACGCGGGAGAGAAAUGAUGACUCGGUGAGUUCAGCGGUACCGUGACGACGGGUAACCUUGAAUACCAACAGCGCCAACAGUGAAAUCGAACAUCGUCGUCGUCUUCACGAUCGCCCCCGGCGAGUUACGUCGCCGAACGAAAUUUUGCUCCGAGCAUCUUCCGCCAGUCUCUUCCGCACGGCGUGAGAUAGAAGUCGCGAAGCGAUCGUUCAGAAAAAUGUAAUCUCAUCUUCAGCAUUACCUUAUAUACGGCUUUGAAAGGAUUCUUCUAAAGCUGAAAGAAAAAUAUUAUAACACUUUGAUGACAUUCUUACUUAACAGAGUUAAAUCUGUCGCGUAAUGAAAUGAAAAUUUUAUGAAGUUUCACAGGUAUCUCUCAAACUACUAAAAGAUGUCUUGAAGACGCGUUCAAAAGACAUAAGAAAUGGAACAUCUUUUGGAUAUCUCUAAGUCUUAAGCGGGGUCUAUAAUAGAAAUUGUAGAGUCGUAAGUCGUAGAAAUUGAUUGGUCAAUUUCUACGACUUACGACUCUACGAUUUCUAUUGUAGACCUCACUUUAAGUCUUUUAGUACAUUAUACUGUCUGGGUUGUUUUUGAACAUAAUAUUCAAAACAGAUAUAAUACACAAUUGUCUCAUAAUUCAAUUACUUUUUUCUGUAUUUCAAUUAUUCUAAUUUAUAUUCACUCUCGUGUUUGUACUUUAUAAUAUCUUACAUAGUUUACGUUAUCUGCAUAAAGAAGGACCGUGUAUACGUCACGUCGACAAUCGUAGAGUAAUCUUAUGAGAUAUGUGGCACAAUCCUGCUGUUUCCUGCAAUUCCACAUUCUAAGUGAAAACCUUUGCCGACAGAUUCAAUUUCUCUUCUAAUGAAGAGGAAUAAUUGAAUAGCGCUGAAAAUAUUUUUCCAUUGCCUUUAAAGGAAUCCUAUCGAGGUCAUACGUAAAGAGCCUUCGCUAAGAAUGAGAUUCUGUUUUCCGGAUGAUUCUGUUCGGGGCCGGAAUCGACCGCGAGCCGCGGGAAGAACCGUCUGCGCUUUAACGAGCGUAAUGACAUUAAUUACAAUUGUGUGUGUGUUGCUUUAAAGAAAAACUCGUCGGCGGUAGGCAACCUGUCUACCUGCUCAGGAUUACGCAAGCUCGACUUAGUUGCGACAUUGACGAGCAUUGUACAUAACUGCGUUACGACUUCACUGCUUCCUUUAUCCCUUUUCGAUCCCGCACUUUUCUCUCAUCCAUUACUCUCGGUACAGCGUUCGCGAUGGUUGCCGCCGUCUCGGCUUUGUCGGUCAAUAAAUCGUAAGAACACGCUCAAUCGCAAUGAAAGCACGUAUAAUCGUGAACGAAAGGAAGGAAAGAAGGAAGGAAGGAAAGAAAGAAAGAAAAAAGGAAAAAAAUAUGAAGAAAAAGAAAGGCGAAUCGUAAUCCUUGAAUAACCGUAGCGAUAAGUUUAUGUUAACUGAGAGAAUUGGUACGUGACGUGAAAAAAGAAAAGGCAUAACACGGAGAUUCGAUUCUAUCGAAAGUCUCGCCGGAGUCUCACGUUAGUUGCACACCAUCGAUACGCGUCCCACUUGGGUUUCACUGUCGCGUUGGAACGGAAAUUAUUCAGAAGGAGAAUUUCCCGUCGGGAAGAGCGUGCUUCAAUGUAUGCUGACGGCGAGUAUUAACUAUUUAUCUAAGUCUGCACGAGUGCUGCGUUACCGGUAAGAGAGUCGAGGCUGCCGCCUCUUUGACGAGCUCGAAAUCGCACGAAGAUUCACGACCGAAUGGAACUGCACGACUUUUAGAGCUCUGAAUAUCAAUUCGAAACAGAAUUGCAGAAAUAUCAAUUUUCUUCAAUUUAAUAUUUCAUUUUAACAAGUGUGCUUUUUGAACAAUUCAACCAACCAUGAUUUAAGCGAACUCAAUGUUUUAUUGACGAUCGAUUUCAACGAAUUUAACUGACGACCAGUCAACUGACGAUUGAUAUGAGCGAAUAGAAUCGUUCAAUUGUUAAUUGAACUAUCUAAACUUUCCAAUCGUCAAUCGAGCGGUCUUCGAUCGAACUGGUUGAAGUCAAUUGAUAAUUAAACGAUCCCCAUUUGAAUUGAUUUACACUAAUCGCCAAUUAAACACAAAAAUCAAUUAAAAAAGUAAUUAAUUGCUCGUGACCCUAAUUCGUACAGAUUCGUACAUUCGAGAUUCUUAAUAUUAAUUCAAGUCUGGGUAUCUUCGGAAUGAAGUUUCGAAAGUGAGAUCUGCGUGGCAUUACGGUCGGAGAAACGCAAAACAAUGGAAAAUACAACACGCUUGUACAUUUGUUUCAAAGCGUCUUUUGAAUUUCAUCAUUAUACUCUGGCUGCUGGCCUAUCUGUUCAUUAAUCUUAUUGCUUCUAUUGCGCUUUGUGAAGUGUCGAAGUGUCGAAUUCGAGUUCGUCAAGAACCACCGCCCAUCUACCGCUGAUUAGCACGCUUUACGACAUAGCCUGUUGUACGUAUAUCGUUCGAGUUAGCCUUAACACGAAGAGCUUGGGCCGGGAUCAGAGGUCCCGCAGAAGUCGUGCAUCGUGCCGCACAUCGGGGAUUGAAAACGCUUCUUCGACUGUAAAUAAACUUUCCCCGGCCGGGUACCAACACACAAUGUGCCACACGGCCAGGCGAGGUGAGAAGAGGAGAGAAGAGAGGAGACGCGGACACGAGAGACACAUCUCGUGUGUGUAUAUAUAUGCGCAUGUGUACGUCCUCAAUUUCACAAACGUUUGGCACAGAUUCGUGAUUUCUCCCUGCGGGCGAAUCGACAAAUCUCGCGGAUGGCAGGGAUAUCGGCAUCUCGUCUCCUUCGCUUUGCAAGUUUCGGGAAUUUCCCCAUCGACACAAUUGUUGUCAAAGACGUCGAUUGAACCGUCCAGCCGAUAAACGACAUUUCACAUUAUGUCUAGGAAAGAUAAUUAAUACAUCGAUCACGAACGUUUCACUUUCGGGGAGAAAUUUUCUUAAAUCUAAUUAUAUGGACUCAGUGUAGAAUAUAGUAAAAAUAAUAUAACGACAAUAUGUUAAGUUAACACAUUGAUAUGUUAAAGAUUCGACACAAAAAUUUUUACACCAAUCGAAUUCAACAUAAAUACAAAGUGUUUUUUACCAUAUGGAAUUGCAGGAAAUAGCAUUUUGCAAUGAAAGUUCUUUUUUUUUUUGGAUGUUAGAAUAUUUUCCCUUUUGAUGAGAAAAUACAAAAAUAUUCUUAAUAAGAUUCUGUUAAAGAUAAGAUAUUCAAAUGUAUUUUUAAAUUUCGAACGUGUCGAAGUUACCUGAAGACAUAACAGAUAGCAUCGAAAAAUCAAAAAGAAUUCAGUCGUGUGUCACCAAUUCUGACCAAUUCUGAUUUUCAGAUUUCAAAAAAAAUUCUUCAAAGUUUAGUGAAAAAUUCUUCAGAAUUCAGUUUAGUGAAAAGAAUUCUUUUCUUUUUGUAUCUAAAAAUGAAUUUAGAAUUACAUACGACUGAAUUCUUCUUGAAUUCUCUGUGCUAUCUGAGAAGCGUUCAUUUCUCGUAUUGUUCAGACGUCCUGCGCGCGACCAUGUUAUUGUAAUCAAUUACUUCUCAGUUUCCCACGCGCGUCACGUCUGUCUGAGAUGUGUUAACUCGCAUCGGGAAGUGAUACCCUUUGCCAUUCUCUCUUUCUCGUAACAAUGUAAUUUGUUGUGUGCGAUAACAUCGCGAGGAAUUUUCGCGGAAUUACUUGAACGAUGCGAAAAGACAACGCGCGCUCCUUGAAAACUUCCCGAUGCGCGUUUAUGAAUAAUGAUGAGCGCGGAUCCUCUCCUCUCUUAUUCUUUAUCAGACUUUGUCUCGAAGCUAAAAUCGAUGUGGGUGCGAUGCACUCUUGGCGAGAGCGACUGCGUGAGCGAAAGUUGACGGCGAUUCGUUCAUAAAUGCGAGUCCUUUACGAGCGCUAGCUGAGACUUGCGACUGAACGUAACAUUAAAAUAAAGUAUAAUAGAUAGUGUGUUAGAUGUAAAGGACAUAUUUUGCUUAUAAUUUAUCUGAUGCUGGAUUGUAUGAAACUUCUUGUAUAAAUGUUAAUAAACUAAUUCGUUUACAAAACAA